GUGAACGCCGGUGCUGCCACCUGACAGAACUCCGCGGCACCUCUCACACCUCGCGUCGGCUGCUACGCGACCAGACGUGUGGCGGCAGAAGGCAGCUACUGUAGCUGUUAAUAGGGCGGAGCAUGCUGGCGCUGCUCUUGCUGACCAUAGCGACGAGUGUCAGGACGGCUGCCGGCUUGGAGUGUCCGCUGACGCCGAAGAACGUCAGCUGCAGCGACCAGAUGCCCCACUUGGAUCUCGACCCAGAAGACUGUAUUGUGGAAUAUUACCUGAGGAACAGCAAUGAGUGCGCUGCCUUGGACCUGCGGGGAGAGAGCUGGGCGCGCCGCCUGGGCGCCGUGCGCAUGCGACCCUACGUCUGGACGGACGACGAUGGCACGCCCGUCACCGCCUUCAACGUCAGCUUCCUGGACGUGCGCUGGAGCCGUGCUGUGCUGCGCUUCUCGUCGCUGGGCGGCGCGCCGGCCACCAACUUCUGCCGCGGGCUGCGGCUGUCGCAGCGAGCCCUCUCCGGCAGCGGGCGGCCGCCGCGCCUGCACUUCCACUGCCCGUGGUGCGGCUACGACUGCGAGGGCCGGUCCUUCAGCCUCGAGUACGCCGCCAGCGACGCCGACGGCCGCCACAGCGACUACGGCCGCUUCCUCUUCACCAUGCCGCCGCACAACUACGUAGAUGAGCCGCUGCUGCCGUUUUCGUACGUGGAGGUGUCUUCGCUGCCCACGGCGCACGUGCACUGGUCCCCGCCACCGCUGCCAUCGGCCGCGGAGGGCCUCUACUACAGCGUCGUGACGCUGGUGGACGGCCGGCAGGUGGAGUCGCGCGCGGUGCCGGCGUCGCAGGCGUCGCUGGCGCUGCCUCUGGGGGAGGCGUCCGGGGGCGGCGGCGCCGUCAGGUUCAGCGUGCGCGCCCUGCAGGCCGGCGGCGGCGAGCCCUCCCUGCUGCCCAACUGCAGCCUCUGUGACGGCGGCGAGCGCGCCGCGCUGCAGCCCUCCAACUGCAGUCUCUGCGACAGCUUCCGCACGCCGCCGCUCGCGCUGGAGAGGAGCGUGUACACAUCAUACGUGUGGGCUGCAGUGGGCGUGGUGGCGAUGGCCUCCGCCAUCUUGCUGACGGGACGGUUCCUGUGGAGGAGAGGUGCCCACAACUACCCCGCCAACAAGCAGGGGAAGGCCGCCACAACGGUGGUGCUGGUGUACAGGCACGCGAGCGACGGCCACGUGGCCGUGGUGCGCCAGCUGGCCGCCUUCCUGCGAGUCGCGGGCGGCUUCCACGUGCUGCUCGACGAGGAGGACAUUCCGCGCUGCGCGGACAAGCUUUCCCACAGCCUGUAA